GUUCGGGCCCAGUUUAACGGGAAUCUUACACUUAGAAUUGUCGCAGCUAGGCCGAAUAUUUUGCCUUUGGCGCAUUCUACAAUUCGCAACGCAUUUCAUUCUAUUUCGUAUGUUGCUACGAAUGAGGAAGGAGAAGAAGCGGUGCUAGAAUAGAUAGACACCAUCGAAAGAAAGAGAGAGGGAAAAUGAGUAGUUACGAGGCGGUGACGGAGACGAAGUGGGUGGUGACGUGCAUGGUGGGAGGGGUGAUCGUGGGGGUGUCACUGCUGGGUGCGUAUUCGAGCCAGCUCUGGAAGAGCCGAAGACGCAACAAGAAGCCCGUUCGCGUCUACAUGGACGGCUGCUUCGAUAUGAUGCAUUAUGGCCAUUGCAAUGCCCUUCGCCAAGCUCGUGCCCUCGGUGACCAGCUCAUUGUUGGGGUUGUUAGUGAUGCAGAGAUCAUUGCCAAUAAGGGUCCCCCCGUUACCCCUCUUCACGAAAGGUUGGUAAUGGUGAAUGCGGUGAAGUGGGUGGAUGAGGUUAUUCCUGAAGCUCCCUAUGCGAUAACUGAGGAGUUCAUGAAGAAGCUUUUUGAUGAGUACAAGAUAGAUUUCAUUAUUCAUGGGGAUGACCCUUGUGUUCUUCCGGAUGGAACUGAUGCUUAUGCUCACGCUAAGAAAGCUGGUCGAUAUAAGCAGAUAAAGCGCACUGAAGGGGUUUCCAGCACUGAUAUUGUUGGUCGCAUGCUUCUCUGUGUAAGAGAAAGGUCUAUUGCUGAAAAAAAUCAUAAUCAUUCUUCUUUACAAAGACAGUUCAGCAAUGGCCAUAGUCCAAAGUUUGAAGCUGGUGUGUCUGCUGCAACUGCAAGUGGAACUCGUAUAUCUCAUUUUCUGCCUACAUCUCGUAGAAUUGUUCAGUUCUCAAAUGGGAGGGGUCCAGGACCUGAUUCUCACAUUGUAUAUAUAGAUGGUGCAUUUGAUCUCUUUCAUGCUGGACAUGUCGAGAUCUUGAGGCUUGCUAGGGAUCUUGGAGAUUUUCUACUUGUUGGAAUACACACAGAUCAGACAGUCAGUGCAACUAGAGGAUCACAUCGUCCUAUCAUGAAUCUUCAUGAAAGAAGUCUAAGUGUUUUAGCAUGUCGCUAUGUGGAUGAAGUUAUAAUUGGUGCACCAUGGGAGAUUUCCAAAGAUAUGCUCACUACAUUUAACAUCUCGUUAGUUGUUCAUGGAACCAUUGCAGAAAGUAAUGAUUUUAAGAAGGAAGAAUGCAAUCCAUAUGCUGUUCCUAUUAGCAUGGGCAUCUUCAAAGUUUUAGAAAGUACUUUAGAUAUAACAACUACUACAAUAAUUAGAAGGAUUGUUUCUAAUCACGAGGCAUACCAGUGUGUAGCCAAGACAAAUUUUCACAGUGAUGUCUCACCGAAUACACAAGGCAUGUAUUUCGGUACUUGAGGAAUUUGCUUCUUUUUUUUAUUGAUUAGUUUUUGAUAACAUUAGACUUGUUAUCAAAAUAUGCCAUGAUCCUACUUUUUAAGGACAUGUCUUAAUUAUUAGUUACCAUAGGGAGAAUUAUUCAAAAACAUGGAGUUAGUGAUAUUUUAAAACCCAAUAUAUUAAUCAUUAUCGUAACUAGUCUUGUUAGCUAAUGAUUAACCAUUUCAUAACAAGACCCAACAUUUGGUUGCUAGUGUGUCCUUUUCAUGAAGCUCACUUCUCCCUUUCAUUAAUCCUCUUGUUUCGGUAUUUGCUGUUUAGAAAUAUAAAUGAUAUUUUACUCAUUUUGGCUGUUGUGGACUGUUUGGUAAUUUGGUUUAGUAGUUUAGAAACCUUUUAUUAAGACCUUCCUUGGCAAAUGGCUUUGGCAUUGAAUGGUCUGUGUAGGUAAUUGAUAAGUUCUAAAUAUGGUUGCAAAGGUGGGUGAUCUACCUCCUUUAAGCAAAAGUAUUUCUGUGCAGGGGUUUGGUUUGUACUUGAUAAUUGACAUACCUAUUUGAAUCAAUUCUAUUUUGAGAGGUUAGGAGUGGAUUGAAUUUCUCACUCCUAUUGACGUCAUGUUUG